CGCUUAUUUAUCUGAUCUGUAAUAUCUAAUCUCGUAUCUCAGCCCAUGCUAAUUGAACUCUGCUAACACUCAGAGCAAUAAAAGACGCAAAAUGCGACAAGGACAGAGGGCUUUGCUACCAGCGCUACUCAUGUCACGAAUCCCAGUCUUCUUUCGUUACAUAGAAUGGAUCUGCCUGCUGGUGGUCUGUGUGCUGUACUUUGUUCUCGAUUUUACGCUUCGUCCAUUCGAACGUCAGUUCGCCGUGUCUGAUUUGAAUAUUUCUCAUCCAUACGCUGAACAUGAACAAAUUCCUACUGAGUACCUCGGUAUCAUUGGUAUUCUCGGACCAAUUGUCGUCAUCUUCUGCGUAGCUGCAUGGAAGAGAAGCCCAGUUUUGGCGAGACAAGCAAGUUUGGGUUUGCUGUACUCAACAAUGCUGACCGGCUUAUUGGUAACACUUACUAAGAACGCCGUUGGCCGUCCUCGUCCCGACUUCCUCGACCGCUGCAAGCCUUUGUCGUCUGCUCCGACAAACAAGCUCGUUACUGUCGCCAUUUGCACAACAGAUCAGAAGAAUAAGCGCCUCCUGGAUGGCAUGCGUUCCUUCCCUUCCGGCCAUACUUCUUUCUCCUUCUCCGGUCUCGGUUACUUGGCGUUGUUUCUCGCAGCACAACUCAAACUCAAUUCACGGUUUUCGGCCGGUUGGAAGUUUGUCAUUCCUGUCAUUCCGCUCGCGCUAGCCGGCUGGGUCGGUUUGACACGGUCGCAAGAUUAUCGCCAUCACAAGGAGGACAUCGUCGUAGGCGGCUUGUUUGGCAUGUUGAUGGCCUUUGCUGUGUAUCGUCAGUACUUCCCAUCCAUCGGAAAGACUGACUCGGACGUUACAUACGCCGAGUUUAUGCCUUCUGAGUCAAGCAGUAUUCGCUCGAACACCGACAACCUGUCGCAUGCAGAAGCUAUGGUCUAAAUGAUGCAUUAAGUGGUUAUGAGGAGCCCGCAUCUCUGCGGGCUUCUGUCCUCAUUAUCGGCCUCUAUAGCUCGACCUAUUCUUCAAUACCUUCUUCUUCAUCUCUUUACGGAAUAUGCGUGGUAAUGUGCUUUUUUUUUUUGCACUCCUCUCCACCUCUCUUUGUUUGCUUUCUCUUUCUCUGCUGCUUCAACUGUUUGCGUCAGCAGCUUUUCAUAGUUUCUUCAGCCUUAAGGCUCUACUAGGUGAUAUGUACACGUAUACUCUUAUUCAUCAAAG